CUUUGCUGUCGGGUACACUGCGGACAUUUCAGGUGCAUGCUUGUGACGGUAACGAGUUGAAAAUCGAAUGUUGGCCGAACACCGUCAUCAACAUCUACUUGGCCCAGUAUGGCCGUCAAGUGCCCUCACAUCAGCUCUGUCCCCCCGAGGACGUCACGGAUGGUGCGCUGUCUAUGUUGAAUGAUACCACGAAUUGUUUAUCGUCGCAUGCUCUUAGGUACGAUUUCUUGCAGACGGUGGAAGAAUCUUGCCGGGAACAGCGUAUCUGCAAAGUUAAGACAUCCCCGCAGACAUUUGGUAAUGACCCGUGUCCUGGAGUCCGGAAAUACGCAGAAGUCGCUUACAAGUGCAGACCCAAUGUCUUCUCCAAUAAGGUGGUGUGCGAGGGCGAUAGACUUCGUUUAAGGUGUCACAAGAACCUUCGAAUAGUGAUCUAUUCGGCGGCAUUCGGCGCCACCCAUUACGGAGUCCCCGAGUGCCCCCAACCCGACGGAGAAGGAAGAAUUGAAGAUUGUCAAGUGAGUUAUGCGACAGAAACAGUUAUGAGCAGCUGCCAUGGCAGGCGAAAGUGUUCCGUAGGAGCUGAUGUAGGUACUUUUGGAAUUCCUGGAUGUCCUGCGGGUACCAGACUUUUCCUAAAAGUUGUGCAUACUUGUGUUCCAAAAGAAAUUCUAAAGGACUUAGAUCUCGGUGGUAGCGAGGACAAGGAUCAAGAGGAUAGUGACUACACCGGCUUCAUUGAAGAACCUCGAUAUAUGCCCGAUGCUACCAUGGGUCCACUUUUGGAAGCUACCCAACCACCGAUGAAAGUGACACCCACUUUGAAAGCUCUUCUAGAGGAGGGUGUCACUAAAAUGGAUGGACAACAGACGACCGUCAAGACGGACAUGCAGAGUGACGAGAACUCAGGAGAAGAAGGGGAUGCCAGUAGCACAAACCUGGACGGCGAUCAGAAGGUCAUUGGAUUUCUCUCAGAAUGGGUUUCUGCCUACAACUUUAUCAAAGAAAACAAGGAAAAAUUUAUUCUAUACCUGACGCUGAGUUUGAGCAUCGCCCUUGUAGCUAUCUUGGCUAUUGUGACGACAAAGUUCUAUAUGCGACGGUCUCGAAGACUUCGAGAGGAAAGAGGUUUGCCAACUAAAUCCCCGCUUCCGGACACUCCUCCAAGCGGUGGUGGUAUCAGCCCUUUCGGCGAAGACUGCACGGAUCUGGAUCAUUUCGACAAUCCUGCUCGUGAUUCUUCUGUGGAUGUUGUUAGAUUUGCCACAAGGUCCUCCCUGAGACGUGCACAGCCAAUUGAAGAUGAUGACUGUAGCUUCCCUAGAGCACCUGUUAGAGCUCAGAACAACUACUACUACAGUUAACCUUCGGAGCAGCAGCGUCUAUUCCGGGUUUCUGCCGUGUAAACCGCAACAACUUCAACUAUUAUUGCGGAUGAGUGUUUUGCUGUCUAUUUUUGUACCAAUAUUGUCUGAGUUGGAUCAUGCCAGACAAAAUGAAAGGUGUUUAAUAUAUGGAGCGACAUAUAUCAGAAUAGAAUAUUUGUAUUUUGGAACAACAACAAUGUAAAGUCAUCUCCGGUGAAUUACGUGCAUUAUGUCCUGUGCCUGAAUGAUCUCAUUGUGUAGUUAAUUCCCGAAAGGAAAUAUCAUAAUUCACCUUUCCAGGUGUGCCUACCCCCUUUCAUGACUACUUGUUUCCUCACGGUUAAUAAACUUCAGGAAGUUAUAAUACUAAGAGGAAAAAAAUUGGCACAGAAGAUGUGUUUUCUAAUUUUGUUAGAUUUCUCAUUCAAAUAUCAUUGCUGAAAGUGGAGAUUAAAAAAAAGUUAUAUAUAUUCCCGAAGAGAUGUAUAAUUUGUGGAUUUAAUUGCAGAAAGAUUUCAGAUAAAAAAGUAUGAAAGCGCUGAUAAAUUUAACUAUUUAUUAAAUCCGCCAAAUUUAUUUUCCAGGGCUUUAAUUUUCCAAAUAAUUAAGAAUAAAAUAUUUUGUUUAUAGAACACCUUUCAAAAUACUUCCUUUCCGUAUAUCUGAUAUUUCAAACUGUAUUUUAAACCUGCAGUUCACAAUGUUCCCUUAAACUAAUUUCGUUCUGUUUUUGUGCCUCAUAAAUAAUAAUUCACUUCAGAUGACGAAAGUAAUCGGGAUCCAUAUAAUUAUAGAAUGUGUUGCUGAAUGGUGAAAAAUACCUUAUUCUUGACAGUGAAGUCAACUUUCAAGUUUCAAAUAAACAUUGGACUAAGCGUAACUUCUAUUAUAAAAAAUUUGGAUGGCAAAUAUUUCGUACAGUGUGCCCCGCUUAAGACUGUGACAGUGUUUCAAAGUGUAUAAUGACAAAAUAAUAGCUUUUCUAAAACUCAGAUUAGAAACGUGAUGGCAGACAAGUGACCAUUUAUUAUGCCGUUUUGCGUUAACAAGUGCUUUAAAACUAGAAAUCUUUUACAGAGCUUCAAAAUUUGCGAUUCUUAAAAUCAUUAAUUAGGUAUAAAUCACUGCCUUGGGAAUAAAAGAGAAAGGAUACAUUUUGUACAUCUUAAGUGCUUUAUUUGUCAGGAAAAAAUAAUGUUGCAAACUGAAAAAGCAUUUUGUUCUCCAAAAAAAUAUUUGUAAAUGGAUAUAUAAAUAUUGGUUGUUUCAAUGUGGACAUGUAUUUGAACUUGAGCUGAAUAUUAUAUUCAUAGCAGGUAAAUGAUACAAUGCUGAAACUACAAUGUUCAUAAACUUUUGAACUGUCUUUGUGCGCUCCGAUGACAUGUAUGUAAUGAGAUUAUUUUAAAUGUACCUAAACUACUCAUUUUACAUUAUCAUCCAUCAUUACGUACAUUUCAUAUUUGAACCUGCAUCUUGAUUUUAUCUAAAGGAAAUCAUUCAAUUUUAUUUCCAGAUCGAAGUUAUCAGUCUGAUUUUUGUUGGAUAAUUUUGCAUUUCGUUAUAUCGUCUAUGGGUUUGAAGUAAAUACUUAGUGCAAAUAAUUUUAGUAGAAAAUUUUAUAAUGCAUAUUUCAUAUUUGUUUUGUCAUUGAUGAUAAGUUAAUCUGUAUAAUCAAUUAUCUGUGUGUCUUUAUUUUUCGAAAUGUUUAUGUUAUAAUUCAAUUUUCAAAGAGAAAUGGGAAAAGGUGGAAAUAUCCAGAAACAUUAAUUAUUUGCAUUAAAUUGUUGAUUGAUCUGAUAUGUCAAAUUUUAACAAUUAGAUUAUGAAUUCAUUAAUUAAAAAUAUUAAUAAUUGAUCAAAUUGUAAGUGAGAGAGGAUCAAAGUAUUCAGUAAUGACUACUUGCAUUUUAAAGAUGAACGGUUAGCUUUCUAAUAAGCCAACUUUUAACAAUCAUACUAUGAAUUAAUUUAUCAAUUUAUAAUGAACCACGAAUUUUAUUUUAUUUACUGAUAACAAUGUAAAAAAGAAAUUAAUAUUAUUGCAAAUAAACUUUGACAAAUAUAAUGCUUUAUGCUGUUAAGACGAAACUAUUCUACCAAAUGAACGCGGAAUAAAUUCACUAGGUAAACUAUUUAUUUUUCCUUUUGUUACCGUAAUUACUUUAAUGAGUUAACAGAUAAUCUCGGUAGUAUAGAAUGCAAAAAUCAAUCAAAAUUACGGAUAAUAUCCUGCUUGCUCAAAUAUUUAUGUCGUUAUGUCCUGGAUAGUUUGGAAGCAUAAUUAACUAAUUUUUUAUUUGAAUUCUUGCGACAUAAAUUUUACGAAUUCAAAGUGUAAACGUUGCCAUUUACAUAAACUCAUUUCCAUAAUCAUUAGAACCUAAUACUUGGGUAUUUGUGUCUGUGAACUGCAAUGUCGGCAAAAUAAAGCAUCAUCGAUGUAAGUGACAUCGAUAGCUAAAAUGUUAAUCACCCAAAAUAAUCCCUUAAUGAUUUAAAUCGUUUAUUAUCUUUGUACAUUACUUUUCCUUGCCCAGUUUUUAUUUGCAUUAAUUGGAGUUAUUUUGGGAUGAAACGUGUGACAUUAAGAAUGAAAUUUAGUCUUACUUUCACAAUUAUUCCUUAAAAAAUAAUUAUUAUUAAUUAAUGAUAAAUGUAUUAUACCAUAAACAAUGCAGUAAAUGAUCAGAAUGUGAAAGUUUUUUGUUAUAUAUCUAAACGUUACCUUAAUAUUUUUGAAUGUCUAAGUUCUUCGAAUUUCUGUAUCUUAAUCAUAAAUACGACUUUUCAUACUGGUUCAGUUACUUUUGUAUGUAUAACUGUAUUACUUUGGAUUGUUUAUUUAUCAUCUUAUAUUUUUUUUCAUUCAUAUCAUUCUUUUGUUAUCUCAUGUCAAAUGUUUCAAUUGUUUUUAAUAUUAGCUAAUAUUCAAAAUAUUAUUUUUGAAUCUAAUAUGUGUUAUUAUUUUUAAUGCAUUUGUUAGCAGACCAGAAUGCAAUGUAAGAUUAAUUAUAAUAGAAUGACAUAAAAUGGUCAAUUAUAUUAGGAAUUAAACGGAGCUAAAUAUUUCGCUCUCUCAAAAAAAAUAUAGGCAAAGGAAUGCCGGCUAAUAUAUUCUCUAUAAAUUAUAUAAUAAAAAUUAAAUAUAUUCUAUAUAAUAAAAAUUAAAAAUAAUACCGUUUAUCAUGAAAGAAAGUUUUUCUCCUCUCUCCUCCCUCUGUUCUAUAACAAUAGCAGCAGUUGUAUAAUAAUAGUAAAAAUUUAAUAUAUUCUAUAUAAUAAAAAUUAAAUAAUACCUUUUAUCAUGAAGGAAAGUUUUUCUCGUCUCUACUCCCUCUGUUCUGUAACAUUAGCAGCAGUUCUAUAAUAAUAGUAAAAAUUUAAUUUGACUCAUAAUAACAAUAAAAAAAGUAAAUAAAUAUAAAACGCAACAUUUAUUAUCAAAAAACGAAAUUAAAUUAAACAAUAAAUUUAAAAUGUUUUGCGUAAUUUUUAUUUUGAGUGUUCAGAUAGUUUCUGGAUUUUUUAAUAUUAUCGCUUCUGUAUUUGAACUGUGGCUGCGAACGUUUGCUUUCACUAUAUGCGAGAGCUUAUAAUUAUUGGAGCUAUCGUUCUUCAUUGCUUCCAGCAUAACUUGUUGAAGUGACAGAAACAUAUUACAGUAAGACCCCGCUUAACGCGGGGGAUACGUUCCAUCAAAGUAGAGCGUAAUGCGAAACAGCGCUAAACGAGGCUAUCUUUACAUGUAAAAUAUUGGGGUUAGGGGAAGAUGGC